AUGAUCAAGUCAUAUUUCAACGGAGCAUCUGUGAUCGAUGUGCACAAUCACCUUAGACAGAGUGGACUGGGACUGGAAGAAAAGGUUGGAACUCAUGGCAGGCUGGAGAUUCAGAAUGUUCUGUACCGGAUACUUGGGUUCAUUGAAGUGGAUGCAUACAAGAUUUUCCGUAUUGGAAUGCCACCAAAAGAAUUCCGAUCACAGCGCCGUGGCCGCGUGAAAGCUUUUGGUGUUCACUGA